AUGGAGACAUCUUCAUCAGAAACUCCUGGAGUUUCUGUUCCAAAUGCUGGCUCGGCAGACCCGGCUUCUUCUGUUCCGCAAAGACGGGGUAAAAGAACAGCUCGGGAUGCUGCCUUAGGACCGACACGAGAAGAAGACACUUCUCAGGGUUCACAGGAGCAAUCCUGUGCCAAAAGACAACGCCUUGAUCUUUCCACCAAGGGCUCCUGCAAAGCCCAUGACUCGGCAUGCUGCUUUCUAACAAAGCUCCGUAAAAUUGUGGACAGCGACUGCUUCCAGUCCAUCUGGUGGGGCGACGAUGAGAACACCAUUGUGAUUGAGGAAACCCUCUUCAAAACAGAAGUGCUGGGAAGGACAGGACCUCUACACAACCUCAGCAUCGGCUGCAUGAAAGCCUUCGUUCGCCAGCUCCACCUGCACGGCUUCUUCAUUGUGGACAGCGAUUUGCCCACAGCUGCCUCUCGGGCAAAAUGCCCAGCAGGCGCAGCCGCGUCUGUUUGCAGUGAGUUGCUCUGCUACUACAACCCCAGUUUCAAGAAAGAGUACCCAUGUCUGCAGAAAUGGUUCAAGCAGAGCGCUGGCGUACGAAGGAGAGCAUCAGCUGCAUUCCCACCAGAGCUGGAUUUCGAGGAGGGCCCCGUGAGCAGCCCUCCGAACAGACGGCGAGGCCCUGCAGCAUCAGCGGGCAGUGAGCCCGCCGCUAGCAACAGCGGAGCUGGAGGCGACCGAGUUGGACAUCAGCACAAUUCAUGCCACAGCAGAUAG